AUGAAACUCCCAUGGCUGUCCGCGCUCUUAACAAGCGCUCUCCUACCCACCACCCUCGCCAGCGCACUGCAUAGCAUCCCCUCCGCAAUAAUCCCAGGGGCACGCAUCAUCCCAGCAAGCGACACAGCAACGCUCAAACACCUAGGCGGCCACCAUCACCACCACCGUGACCGACGAACGGUGACGAUCCGGCCGUCGCGCAAUGACACGGAUGACAUCUCGCGUGAUUUCCUGUGGGGGAUAAAGCGCGCGAACCACGGGGGCAGACUGCUGCUGCAGAAGGGGAAGAAGUAUGUUAUUGGGAAGAAGUUGGAUUUGACGUUUUUGGAUGAUGUCGAGGUGCAGUUGGAUGGGGAGAUUAUGUUCACAGACGACAUCGACUACUGGCAAUCCAACCACUUCUACUUCGACUUCCAAAAGUCCAUCACAUUCUGGGUGUGGGGCGGCAAAGACAUCAAGAUCUUUGGCUCGGGGGUCCUGAACGGAAACGGCCAGCGCUGGUACAACGAGUUUGCAGGCAAAGAGAUCCUCGACCCGGACAAUGUCUUCUACCGACCGAUCCUGUUUACGACGGACAAUGCGACAAGAGUUUCUGUCGAAGGGAUCAAGCAGUUGAAUUCGCCGUGCUGGACGAACUUCUUCGUCCGCAGCAAGGACGUCUCGUUUGACGAUGUGUUUAUUCAUGCUUAUUCGACCAAUAAGUCGGCCCUAGCCAAAAACACAGACGGCUUCGAUUCGCUCAACCUCGACGGACUAACAGUGACCAACACACGCGUGGACGUCGGCGACGACUGCUUCUCGCCGAAGCCCAACACGACGCACAUCUUCGUGCAAAACCUGUGGUGCAACAACACGCACGGGGUCAGCAUGGGCAGCAUCGGGCAGUAUCCGGGGGUGAUGGACGUGAUUGAGCAUGCUUAUAUCCAGAACGUGACGCUGUUGAACGGAGAGAACGGAGCCCGUCUCAAAGCAUGGGCCGGCAAAGACGUCGGCUACGGCCGUAUCAGGAACAUCACAUACAAAGACAUCCACGUCGAAAACACCGACCACCCGAUCGUGCUCGACCAGUGCUACUUCAACAUCGAGGCGCCCGAGUGCGCCGAGUUUCCGUCGCAGGUGAACGUGACUGACAUUCGGUUUGAGAAUGUCUCCGGCACGUCGUCUGGCAAGGCGGGCAAGGUCGUGGGGAGUCUGGUGUGCUCCCCUAAUGCGGUGUGUUCGGACGUGACGCUGGAGAAUAUCGAUUUGAGCAGCCCUGCUGGGGGUCCGCCUGUUGUUGUUUGUGAUGGGAUUGAUGGGGAUAUUGGGGUGGAGUGUCAAUCGAGUUCGUAG